AUGCAAGCCUCCGAUUGCGCCGACGACCUGUGUACGGCGCCGGGCUUGGCCGGUCCAUCGGCGCUGUCAACAACGGUGUCCCUGGCCCCGUUCAUCGUCACCUUCUUCGCCGUUUCGACCCUCGUCCUAAGAAAGAUAUUCCCUCAUCUGGCGCGCAUCCAAGGCUCUCGCGAUGGCGAAGACCACUUCCUGCCCUCGGAUGCCCCGCCAGCUCUUCAGCAGGCUCACACCGAGCAUGGGGCCAAAUCAUUACGAAGGCAAAUCGCAGCCGGCACCUUCUCAGCCACUGUGGGAUUAGCGACUGUCCUGGCCGAGUUGAUUCUAUGUGAAAUAUCCGAAUUAGUCGACCCCCGCGCCCGAGCGACUGCGUUACGAAUCACGGUCCCCACUCUUCUCUUCCUCCUCAUCGUCCUGAUACCCUUCCUCGAACUCCAGUCGUUGGUCGCCGGUUCCGGUUGGUCCUUCCAACGGACCUCUAAGGGUCGGCUUCCUCGCAUUGCCUGGAUCCUGCAACUGGCCAUGUUUGGCAUCUGGAUAUUCCUAUUCUGGUCGCUUGGAAACCUGGUUCCUGGGAGAGGCGAUGCGCUGCGGCAUCCAGGCACGCACAUGGAAAGUUUCGCAACAGAGGUUCCUUCGAAUAGCUUGGCACGCGCCUGUCUUGAGCGUAUCGGGGUCAUUGGCAUUUCGCUCAUGGCACUCCUUUCCGGGUUCGCCUCUGUCUCAUCGCCAUGGCAUACCUUUGGAGGUCGAGCAUCGCGCCGCCCAGUGACAGACUCUGAUAUUGCCCGCAAACAAGCAGGCCUGGAUGCUACCAACGAGAUGCUUCUGACAAAGCGUCAUCGUCUGCAGGCAUUGCAGCGAAAGAUUGCCGAGAACUCUACCUCCGAGAAGCCUGGAUUUGUCACCAAGGUUAUCGGUAGUAUCCGCGGAGGAGGCGACGCCUCCGAAAUACGCGGUCUUCGCCUGGAAAUCUCCGGACUGGAAGCGAUGGAAGCGAAUCUAUCUUCUUCUUUGAAUGUGCUCCGCUCCCGGCAGGCUCAAUCUACACGAGGGGCAACAGCAUUGGGGAAGCUUAUGCUGGCUCCGACGUAUGUAUUCAGUGUCUAUUGUGUCUAUCGGAUUCUAGCGACGACUCUGUCGACCCUUCGUCGUUUGUAUCAUCCUGCCGCCUCAUUCUCUUCUUCGGAUCCCAUCAAUCGUCUUCUUGGCCUCUUAGCAAAACAUUGGGAUCCGAAGCUCGACCAAAUUGCCUGGGCGAGGCAAAUAUCAUUCCUCUUAUCCGGUGUCAUUCUUGCGGCGAGUGCAAACAGUGCCUUGCAAACCUUUCACCUCUUUGCCAAAUGGACGCCAGGACUCCUAUAUCAAGCACAGGCAAACUUGGCCCUUCUGAUCGGGCAGAUCAGCGCUAUAUAUGUAAUCUCCGCAGCACUACUCUUACGAAGCAACCUUCCAAAGGAGGUCGGCAGUGCCGUCGGUGACGCACUCGAGAGUGCGCUUGAGCCCGGAUUUGUGGACAGGUGGUUCGAGGGCUGGUUUUUGUUGGCGAGCGUAGUCACAGCUGGUGGUAUCUGGUUGGGCGGUAAGAUUGGUGAAUGGGGCGAGGACUGGGACGACAUAGGAAUGGAAGAGAUGGGCCAGAAACGGUCAUGA